AUGGCUACCAUCGAUCCCCCAGUAGUGCCAUUGGGCCCAUCAGCAGACAGAGGACCAACCCGCGGCGGGCGAGGAGGAGGAGGACGCGGGCGAGUGGCGUUCCUCAACAUGGGCAGACGCGGGGCAGCGCCCCCCUCAAUACCCACCCGGCCAGACCAGGAGCAGCAACAGCAGCAUGAGGGGCUUCUCCGCCGUCGGAAACCAAUUCGCAGAAAUCAGAUGGGGACCGACGCGGGCGCAGGCGGGGCCGGCCGGGGCGUGGCAAGGGCAAGGGCAAGGACUCUGAGGCUUCGCCGGGCAGGUAGCGCUGAGGGGAGUGUUUCUCAGGCUUCGACCAGUAAUGGGUUCAGCGGGAGCUCAAAUGCGGCUCAACAAGGAACACCACCGAGUGCCCCGAGACAGAUGACGGGUGCGGAGAAGGUUCAAGCUCUUAUGGAAUCACAUAGAGAGGAAAGCAUUUCGAGACAGCAAAAGAAGAGCCCUAGAUCCAACAAUGCUCAGAAUGGGAGGAGUUCCGACUCGCCAGCUAACAACCAGCAAUCCUCAUCUAAUACCACAGAACCACCCACUGGACCCCGACAGGCUAGCAGAAAGCGCAAAGGUAAAGAGAGGGAGAGUAGGGCUGAAAGUGGACCCAGCUGGCAACGACAAGCCUUCCUACCCCAGGGAAGUCACAUUCUCGGGGAGACACCCGAGGGCUCUCCACCUAACCAGCGGCACCGCCAGCCACCACAGAGGCGCUUUGGAGCAAACCUGACCUCCGAAGGAUCGAAAUCAACCUCACCCCGGUCCAGUACUCCAGAUGCUGAACGUCCAAAGGAUGCUCGUGUGGUUCCUUCAGCGAGGGCGUUUGGUGGCAAAUUAACUGAAGAUACAGCAGAGGACCAGCAUGAUGGUGGGAAACUGAGAGCCGAGGCUACGGCGUUUGAGCCCGGGAAGCCGGCUGAGGUUAUCCCCCCACAUCUUCGCGCUUCAGGCUCGACUGCUCCAAAAGCCAACAACAAUAACAGCAAGAAACCCCCGAAUAAUAGGGAUAGGAAAAAACAGGUCGAAGAAUUGUACAAACCAGAUGAUUCCGACGACAUCGGGACGCGGAUCCAUAAGGAGAUUGCCAGCGGGGCCUACGAAUGUAUGGUCUGCUACGGCGGGCUGAACAGAAAGUCGAAGAUCUGGAAUUGCAAGUGCUGCUGGGCUGUCUUUCACUUGCAUUGCAUCACGAAAUGGGCAAAGCAAGGGCUGGACCAGCCGCCACCGAGGAACUCGGACGCGAACGAUGAGCCGCCAAGGAGGAAAUGGAAAUGUCCUGCUUGUAACAAUCCAGGAGAUGAAGUUCCGGAUAUGUAUACCUGUUGGUGCGAGAAGACUGUGCAACCGGAGGCCACUAAAAAUAUUUCACCACACAGCUGUGGUCAAACAUGCGGAAAGUCACGAACUUCACCUAAGAACUGCCCCCACGCCUGUGAUCUUCAAUGUCAUGCUGGGCCCUGUCCGCCUUGCACUGCGAUUGGGCCGGUCAAGAAAUGUUACUGCGGGAGCGAAACCUCCCAGAGGCGAUGUGUUGACACGAACUAUGAGGAGGGCUGGAGCUGCCAAAAGCCUUGCGAUGACUUUAUGCCAUGUGGCGAGCAUACCUGCCCGAAAGUGUGCCAUCCAGGGACAGCAUCAAGUGCUGUGAUAGAAAGGAGGCAGUUCUUAGCUUUGAGAGCGCUGAUCAGGGUGUUACCCAAUGGGAAGGGCAUUGGAACUGCGAGAAGACUUGCGACAGGCCUUUUGAUUGCGGUAAACAUCGCUGCCAAAAAGCUUGUCAUUCUCAAAAUGUCCUUCCAGCACACUGCGCUCUAUCUCCAGACGUUGUCAAAUCAUGUGCCUGUGGCAAAACCGACAUCAAUCAGCUUCUCGACACACCUCGUCAAUCAUGUGAGGACCCUGUCCCUACUUGCGGUAAGGUCUGUCAGAAAGAACUUAAAUGCGGGCAUUCAUGUCAAAGGACUUGCCACGAUGGAGACUGCGGCAUGUGCAUGA